GGGUCUACUCGCUCACGUCAGUAGCAGAUCAGUAAUCAUGGCGGAUACGGAAGGAGAGUCACUGGAGUCGUGGCUAAACAAAGCCACCAAUCCUUCCAACAGACAAGAGGAGUGGGAAUACAUAAUUGGGUUCUGUGACCAAAUCAAUAAGGAACUCGAGGGCCCACAGAUAUCGGUCCGAUUAUUAGCACAUAAAAUUCAGUCACCACAAGACUGGGAGUCAUUACAGGCACUAACUGUUUUAGAAGCUUGCAUGAAGAACUGUGGGAGAAGGUUUCAUAAUGAAGUUGGAAAGUUUAGAUUUUUAAAUGAACUCAUCAAAGUAGUUUCACCAAAGUAUUUGGCUGAUAGAGUAUCUAAACGAGUGAAGACUAAAGUAAUCGAGUUGCUGUACAGCUGGACUGUUGCUUUACCAGAUGAGGCAAAGAUCACAGAGGCCUAUCAAAUGCUAAAGAAGCAAGGUAUUGUAAUAGUAGACCCAAAAGUUCCUGUGGACAAGACCCUGGUUCCCUCGCCGAGGCCAAAAAAUCCAGCGUUUGACAAUGAGGAGAAGAGUAAGCAUCUUGCAGAACUUCUUAAGAGUAAAAAGCCAGAGCAUCUGCAAGAAGCCAAUCGCAUUAUCAAGAGCAUGGUCAAAGAGGAUGAGGCUAUACAGCAGAAAGCAUUUCAGCGUGCCAGCACCCUGGAGGAGGUGAAAAACAGUGUGAAGCUCCUUAACGAGAUGCUAAAUAAUUUUAAAAAAGAUGAGUCAACCCAAGCAGACAAGGAACUUAUGAAGGAUCUUUAUAAUGACUGUGAAAAGCUUAGAACUGCUGUCUUCAAAUUUGCAGCAGAGAUAGAGGAUGAUGAAAGUGCCUUAGGUGAUAUUUUGCACGCUAGCGAUGAUCUCUCACAAAUUGUCAACUCUUAUAAAAAGAUUGUUGAAAGACAGACCAUCACCAUUGACACACCUGGAUUAACAGCUUCAGAACGCACCAGUGAUGGAAGUUCUUCAGAGAUUUUGAUUGAUUUGGCUGAUGUAGACUCUGGGACUCCUUUAAGCUCCCUCAAGCAAGUUUUGCCCCCACCUCAGCACACCGAUUUCAUACCAGCUGAACUACUCACACUUACACCUUUAGUUGGAGCUCUGCCUUCCUCCUCCAAUACAUCCUCUGGGUCAUCAGGUUUCCAUAUCAGUGACAUUGACAGUCCUUACCGUUCCCCACCAAGUCAGCUUCCCAGUAGUCUCUCUCUGUUAGACGAGGAACUUUAUUCAUUAGGCAUUGGUAAUCUAGACACAACCUUGAACAAGUCAGUUGAAAAGAAUAUAACAGAAGAUCAGAGCAAGCAGUGGAUUUCUUCAAAAACUUCUCAACCAGUGAACAAUCUUCCCUACAGCUCUGCUCCUUUAAAUCCUCACAUCUCAACAGCACCACCUACCUCUAAAGCUUCCGCAGUCACUGUAACUGAAAGCUCCCUUCCAAAUGCUGAGCGGACAGCCUUGCCCUCCUUUCUGCAGAGCUGUAAAGACCUUGCCAUGCUGGAGCUGGACAAGACUAACAGCAGUCAGUCCAGUUAUUCAAGCCUGGGCAGCAGAGAACUUGGAGUAGGUGAAGGGAACGUCCAUACUGCAUUAACCACAUUCUGUUUGCCAGCUGGCAAAGCACCAGUGCCUUCUACUGUAACCUCUGUCAAACCUCAGAGCUUCACUCCAGACAGCCCUCUCUUCAUGUCUCUUUCUCCUACAAUACCCAUGAGUCAGACACCCUCAGCCUCAGGCCUGGACAUCUCCCUAACCAGUGUCUAUGUCCCACUUGAGGCCAUUAAACCAAGUAAGGAGGGUCCAGUGACAGCCUAUGAUAAGGAUGGUAUUCGUGUGCUCUUGCACUUUGCUACUGACCACCCACCUGGUCGCCCUGAUGUUCUGGUGAUUGUGGUGUCCAUGUUGAACACAGCACCGCUGCUGGUGAGGAACUUAAUGCUGCAGGCAGCUGUGCCAAAGUCUAUGAGAGUGAAGCUGCAGCCUCCGUCUGGGACUGAGAUGACUCCCUUUAACCCUCUCAUGCCCCCCAGCUCCAUUACUCAGAUCAUGCUGCUGGCUAACCCACUGAAGGAGAAGGUGAGGAUGAGAUACCAGUUGACAUUCGUCCUGGGAGAUCGACAGGUCACAGAGACUGGAGAAAUAGACAAGUUCCCUCCAGUAGAAAGAUGGGGUCAUUUAUAGCUGUGUAGCUCAGAAGCAAAGCAUUAUUGCUUAUGACAGAGAGAGCUUAAAAAAGUGGAUGUUAAUGGGAUGAAAGUGCAUGGAUGAGCCUUAAAUAGUGUCUCAAAAGACAACUUUUGUUCUGGACUCUACCAGUGACAUACUGGAUGCUAAUGUUAAAAAUCCCAAUCUCUAAAUAAUCCCACAAAUGUCUCCAUGUGAUGGUCUUCCUCAUUAAGUACCAUUGUAAUCAACAAAAAUGUGUUGCCUGUAAGAGUUUGAGUCCUAAAGUUUUAUUUGGUGUCUUUCAAUACUGCAGUGGAGGGUUAUGUAAUAUCACUGGAUGUCUCACAGAAAAUAUUUUUUUUUUUACAAUUUUUUUCCUUGGUGUGACAGCUCUAUUGUUUCUAACAGUUUGCAUAUAUACCGACACGUUUUUUGCUUUGAAUUUUAUUGAAUAUGUUGGCUUUGAGUUUUACAUUGUAUUUAUUUCAUGACUAUUUAUCACUCAGUUUAUUGAUGUUUGACAUGGCUGGUCUUUUACACUGAUCUAAAGCUUGUCAUUUGACAUUGUUUAACAGUAAAUCUGCAGAUCACAGGAAAGUGUAGAGAAAAAAAGUAAAUAUGGUUAAAACCAUACUUUUGACUCUGUUUUCAAAGCUUGAAGGAAUUACUUAUACACAGUGCUUUGUUAGACUGUUCGUUUGUUGUUCUGGAAUGACUGAAAAGACAUUAUUAUAAUACUAAAUGACUGUUUAUAAUUGUAUUGGGGUGUGGUCUAACAAAAUUUCUGUAAGCCUUUUGAAAUCCUAUUGUGUGGCCUUUUUUCCUUUUACACUAAGCACUACAGUUUUGUUUUGUAGUGCUGGAUAUGUCCACCUACUGAGAGAGUGAGUUCCACAAUCCCAGGAUAUUUCUCUUUUGACUGUAUGGAGUCUACAAUUUUACAUGAUGUAAAACUGUUUUUAAGACAAAUAAAUUGUUUCGUUUUGA